AUGUGUCUCAGUGGGGGCUGGAUAGUGGUUGGUGGCGUGUCUAUGAUGGUGCCAGCAAAAGAGUGGGAGAGUUUUAGACUUGUUUGUGUGUGGGAGUUUAAGAGUGAGAAAGAUGUUGUGACCAAAACAACCAGUGUAGGAGCAUUUGGUAAUAGAAGGGUGACAAAAUGUCUGCAGUGUGGUGACAAAGGUUUCUCGAACGCUUUGGUUUACUGCCUUAAGUGUCUGGAUGUUGCUGUCCACCGCUACUGCUUGGAUAAAUUGCCGGAGACUUUUGGUGAAUUUGUCCAUUGGUUUUGUGAGGACUGUAAACCAAACUUGCCAAACCAUUCUACAUUCCAGAGAUCUAGCUCUUUCCAAUCCCGGAAAAGGGAUCAUAGAGGUUCAGAACCUCUUGAAACAAUCCAUUCUAGAGCAAAAUUGAAGAAAAAGAACAGUAGUUGUCUGGCAACUGAGAGAAAAGCAAGAGCAAAGAAAUAUGGUACCAUCUCAGUAGUGGAGGUGAGGGAACCAAGCCAUCAAAGUACCUCCUCCCAGCAACCUUCUGAGGCAUAUACAAAGCUUGAUGUCAGCGAGCAUGCUCAAUUGUUGGGCUUCACGUGCUCAGUAGCCGAGACAGAGGAGCAGAUACUUCAAAGUGGCCCAUUUUCGCUAUCUCCUGAAGCAUGCGAAAAUAUGGACGUGACUGGGGAUGCUCAUUUACGGAGUGAUUCUUCCUCUCCCUCUUCAAUGAAAUUGAGAGACUCUUCCUGCUCAAUAACCAAGACAAGGGAGCAGAGACAAAAUUGUUCCUCCCAGCAACGAAUCAAGCCAAAUCGAAACCUUGGCUUGAUGGAGCAUGCUAACUUAAGGCAUGACUGUUCUCCCCAGAAGAUAAUGUCGAGUAGGAAAACUGAUGUUACCUGCUCAGUAGUUGAGAUGGCCAAUCGUCAAAGUCCCUCCUCCCAGGAGCCUUGUGUGACACGUACAGAACCUGACUCCACUAAGCAUGAUUCUUUGGUGGAUAAAUGCUCUGGCGCUUAUGAGGAGAUGAGGAUUAUCUCCAUGUGCAGUGACAAUCAUGGAAAAAAAGUGAAGCCUGGACAAGAAAGGAGAAUGACACUUGACGGUCGGAGCCGAUUCGAUAAUAAGGGAUCUCAAAUAACUAUUAAUGAUUUGUCAAAUAGUUUAGCAAACUACUGCCAUGGACUUGCACAGCCAGUGAUUGAUCCAAUUUGGAGGGGAAGUUUUUGUAUCCUUAACAAGGAUAAGGAAAUAUUCGAUGGAUUUGUAGCCCAUUUAUCAAACAAAGCAUGCCAAAAAGUGUUUGAUGAGGCUGGGCUGUUUCCGUCAUUCCUUUGCUUUGAGAUGCUUCCCAAGUCUGAGUUAUGGCCAAAGAGUUUUCAGAAAUUUGAGCCAUGUGAUGACAAUAUUGCCCUAUAUUUCUUCCCACUAGACACAAGACAUGAAAGGGUUUUCGACUAUUUGGUAGAUGAGAUGAGACUUCAAGAACUUGCCAUGAGAGCCAUCGUAAAAAAUGCCGAGCUUUUAGUUUUCACUUCUAUGGAGUUGCCACUGCUAUACUGGAGAUUCCAGGGCAAGUACUAUUUGUGGGGAGUGUUUAGGAGUAAGCAAGCUGCCUCCUCUCAUCCUGCAAAUCAUCAUCUUCCAAAUCCAGGCAUAUAA